AUGGCUCACGGUGGUGCCAUUCAUCUGCAAAAUGAAAUCGAUCCGAAUAAGGAGGCACCACGCGAGCUAACCGAGGAAGAGCAAUGGCAAAUCGAGCAUCAAAAAAUGCAUGAGCUACAUAGGGGCCAUGAUUCAAUGCACCUUGAAAUGAUGCUCAUUCUUGUGGUAACCCUUAUUGUCGGCCAAAUAUUUCUAGUGCAAUGGAAACGGCGGCAUUUCAAAUCAUAUCAGUUUUGCACCUUAAUCGGAAUGUGGCUGAUUCCCGUGUACGUGUGCGCCACUCGCUCAUGGUACCGAUUCCUUGUCACAUGGGCAUCUUUCACAUUUUUUUCGGCAAUGAUUUGGUUCCGCGCUUCAUCGAGUCAAAUUACUGGCGACACGCCAAGAUUUGUGUACAAAUAUUUCCUUCUACUUCACAAGCUUAGCUAUGUUCUUGGCAUUAUUGGAUAUUUGAUAAUGAUGUUCGCAUUACUCGGAUUUAAUUACGUAUUCGGAAUCAAGCAGAAUACGUGCAUGGAUGCAGGUAUUCUCAUUCUAUACUACGGGCUCUAUUACGGUGUUCUCGGUCGCGAUUUUGCUCAUAUAUGUACAGACAGAAUGGCCGCCAAAAUUGGGUAUUACACUGAGGUCGGACUACCCAAAAAGCAUCUGGAGGAGAAUGUGUGCGCGGUUUGUGAUAAUCGACUCAAUUUGGCAAAAGCGAGGAAUUGCGAUCCGUCACGAACGAGCUUGUUGAAGAAUCCUGAUGAAGAUGAUGAUGAUGAUGUAGGAUUACAAAAUGAGAAGACUUACAAAUUAACAUGCGGCCACGUGUUCCACGAGUUUUGCAUUCGAGGUUGGGUCGUUGUCGGUAAAAGUCAAACGUGCCCCUACUGCAAGGAAAAAGUCGACCUUCAAAGAAUGUUUAGGAAUCCAUGGGAAAAACCGCACAUUUUCUACGGAAAAUUAUUGGACUGGAUUCGAUAUUUGGUGUGCUGGCAGCCAUUAAUCAUCACAUUUGUCCAAGGCCUUAACAAUUUCCUAGGACUUGAAUAA